AUGGUGGAUCCAUUUCGAACACCAAGGUCUUCGAAAUUCAGCGGUGACCGGUUCAUCCCGAAACGGUCGGCCGUGAACAAGGAUUUCGCGCAUUAUCGUCUCUCUGGAGGCAAUACUAUCGCCGAAGAAAUCAAUUCCCACACUUUUGUGUCUCGGAUCAUGUAUCUGGACCGGAUAUCCGGUGCCCUUUCACUGAACCAAGACAGGAUCUUGGCCUUCAACAAUCACAGUAUGGUCGUUGAUUAUUCCGUUGCUUAUACUAACGGAAUCCGCAACGGAAUUCCGAGGUCACCGAAUAGACAAGGAGAAGUGGAGGACUUGAUUGAUGACGUGUCGGCUAAUUUGGUUGAUUGGGGUUUUAAUGGGUUGGUGGCGGUCGGAUUAGAUGAUUCUGUGUAUUGUUGGAAUCCAUUUGACGGUUCUUAUUCUGAGAUAUCGCCUGAACUGAUCGGUGCCGAUAGAGGGCCUAUUUAA